UACAACACACCUAUCUUCCCAAUUCUUUCACUUCAAAAAAUUAAAAAAAAAAAAAACCUUAUCUUGAAAACCCCUUCUCUCCAAUGGCUUGUUCAUCAUCUUCAUUUCAUUUCCUUAAACUUACACCCCAAACACUCCCUAAACCAACUUCACAAACAGCUUCAAUUUCCUUCUUUUCACUUCCACCAUCUUCCUUAAACCUUUCUUUAUCCACUUCAAGAAACCUUUCUGAUUCUUGUUUUCUUCCUAAAGUUACCCUUUCUGAUUUUGACCAAAUUGAAGAAGAAGUUGAUAAUAAUGAAGGUUUAAGUGAUGAUGCUCCUAUAUAUGGAAGAGAAGAGAGAAAUGACAAUCCUGACCUUAAGAUAUUUGUGGGUAAUUUGCCAUUUAGUGUUGAUAGUGCUGCACUUGCUGGGAUUUUUGAGCAAGCUGGUGAUGUUGAAAUGGUUGAGGUUAUCUAUGACAAGCUUACAGGAAGAAGCAGAGGUUUUGGCUUUGUGACAAUGUCCUCAAAAGAGGAAGUUGAAGCUGCCUGCCAACAAUUUAAUGGAUAUGAAAUUGAGGGGAGGGCACUGAGGGUGAACUCUGGGCCACCACCACCCAAAAGGGAGGGUUCUUUCAGAGACAAUUCCUCUUUCGGUGGAGGCAGCAGGGGUGGGGGAAGCAUGGACAGCUCCAAUAGAGUCUAUGUAGGAAACCUUGCAUGGGGUGUUGACCAAGAAGCACUCGAGACGUUGUUCAGUGAGCAAGGAAAGGUUGUCGAUGCUAAAGUAGUCUAUGAUAGAGAUAGUGGCAGAUCAAGGGGCUUUGGAUUUGUAACAUACAGUUCCGCUGAGGAGGUCAACAGUGCAAUUGAAAGCUUGGACGGUGUUGACCUAAAUGGAAGGGCCAUCCGUGUUAGCCCUGCUGAAGCUCGCCCACCCAGACGUCAAUUCUGAAGGUUGUAACCAACAUCUUUUUGACCGAGAAAAGGCUUGGGGGUCCAGGAGAUGAAGAUAGUUGCAGAAAUGAUGAGUUAGUAACUCUGCAACAUCUAUCCUAAACUAGUGCGGACGAUUUACUCUCUGCUUGUGGACUAAAUAGAGCUCUCAAGUAAAUUAGCUUUUCGUAAUGUAUGUUCUGAAAUUGCCUCUGGAAAAAAAUUCUGAUCCUUGUAAUAUGCUAUAUCCAUCACUUGUUCACAGACGAGACAACGAAAAAGUUUGAUGCUCUUUGAAAUAUAUCUUAGUGAGAAGCAUUCUUGUUCUACAAA